UGACCCUUCUUCCCGCCCUGUUUGUUUGUUUGUUUGUUUGUGUGUGUGUGUGAGAGAGAGAGAGAGAAUGGUUCGAGGAAGUAAAAAGGAGGUUGCAGUAGAAGAGAGAAAUCCUGAAGUCGAAACACAGAAGAGGCUUAAGAAGCUAGCUUUCAAGAGUGGGAUUCUGUCUGAAACCCCUGCCAAGGCAUUUUCGCCGCUUAGUCCAUCAGCAGUCGUUGCCAAGCACCAUGGCAAAGACAUUCUCAGAAAAUCGCAGCGCAAGAACAGAUACCUUUUCUGUUUUUCCGGUCUUCUUGCCCCUGUCGCUGGUGGAAAGAUUGGCGAGCUCAAGGAUCUCGGCACCAAAAACCCUAUUCUUUACCUCGAUUUCCCUCAGGGCCAAAUGAAAUUGCUUGGUACUAUAGUUUAUCCAAAGAACAAGUACUUGACCUUGCAGUUUUCCAGAGGUGGGAAGCAAGCCACGUGUGAGGACUAUUUUGACACCAUGAUUGUAUUUUCUGAUGCAUGGUGGAUUGGGACAAAAGAAGAUAAUCCAAAUGAAACCCGUCUCGAUUUCCCCAAGGACUUACCUGAGGCUGAGCAUAAGGAAUAUGACUUCACGGGUGGUGCAAGUGCAAAGACUGUAAAGAAGCAAGCUGGUGAUAUUUCUGGAACAAAAGUCGUGGAACCUCUCAAAAUUGAUUCAGAGGAUGAUUUAUCUGAUGAUAAAUAUAAUCCUGAAGGCAUGGAUAAAGUAACUCCAACUCGGCAAUCCAAAAGAACUGCUAGGAAAACGUCUAAUGUUGCAGAAUCUACUUCAGGAGAUGAGGUCAUGAUUGAUGCUGACAUGUCAAGUAUAGAGAAUAAAAUAAUAAAGUCAUCAAAGGAUACCCCUCUAAAGAAUGAUACUGCAGCUGCUUCUAGCACUCCGGCAGCACAGGUUCAAAGGAGUGUAACACGCUUAACAAAGUCUAAGGAAGCAUCUCAAAAUCGCAAUAAUGCCCUUGUUCAAACGACAAUAUCUACCAUGUUCAAGAAAGUAAAGGAAAAGGUUAAAGUUGAUGAUGAGGAGGAGGACAAUGAUGAUAUUGAAGAAUUUUCAAGCUCGUCAAAGGAAGGUGAAAGUGAUGAUGACUAUGUUGCUUCAGACUAAGCGUAAAAACUUAUCUUUAUUCGACACGUUAAUCGUGUUGUUACAUUUUAAAGGUUCAACCGACUGAUCAUAAGGAUGAAAAAUUCAACUGAAAGAGAAUUUCUUAAUGGAGCCAAUUAUGUUAAAUUUCUGAAAAGAGUUUCUUCAUCAUACAUGAUAUUGACUUGUUUAAAUUUAUCUGUGAUGUAGUUUAAUGAUGAUUAAAAAUGAUUUUUUAGAA